AUGGCGAGGAAGAGAAAGGCAGGUGAGGGUGAAGAAGAGAGGGUAAGCAAUGAUGGGAACGUGGGUUGGGACCAAAUGAUGGAGGAGGCUGAAUCACUCCAUGGAGUUCGGAGAGCUCGAAAACGAUACCUUGGGGUGAGGCAGCGGCCGUCAGGCCGAUGGGUGGCAGAGAUAAAAGACACAAUUCAGAAGAUUAGAGUGUGGUUGGGGACUUAUGAUACUGCUGAGGAAGCCGCAAGGGCUUAUGACGAGGCAGCUUGCUUGCUCCGUGGAGCUAAUACUCGGACAAAUUUCUGGCCUUGCUCCCCGUCUUCUCAUUCAAAGCCAGCUCUUCCCCCAAAGAUUGUCAACCUCCUGUUACUUAGGAUUAAAGCUAGACACAAUUCACUGACACAGGCCACUACUUUCCCUGUUAACCAACAGGAGCAAGAAGCCAGAGAACAGGAAAACCAGUUCGACCAUUUCUUCGAAAUGCCUGGAGAUAUCAGCAUUGUUGAAAAUAGUGAUACUGCUAAUAGCACUGCUGAUACUAUGACUAUCAGCGAUCACACGAGUGGUUUCUUUGAAUCACGUUAUGUUACAGAAGAUCAUGGGAGCACAAGCACAUUUGAAGUGGAUGAUAGUUGGAGUAAUGUUGAUGGCAGUGGUCAAGGUGGACAGGAAGAAGGGAGAGGAGAAGAAGAGAUUGAUAUGGGGCUGAUUGAUUUUCAAUUUGAUGAUGCAUUAGGAUCAUCUUUCUACCAUUCUCCAUUUGAUAUAGCACAGGAGAUGAUGGAGCCAAUGGAGCAGGAACAUCAUGGGGAUGAGCCACCAAUGAUUAGAGAGAUCAUGAAGCGGUGGAAGCACGAACGGAAGUUCUCAGCUUCUCUUUAUGCCUACAAUGGGGUAUCCGAAUGUUUAAGGCUGGCAUUCAGACCAGGAAUGCCAGCGAUGGCAAAUGGUGGGUAUGAGUUGCCAUCUAACCUUGGGAUCAAUAGUAAUAACAACGAGGAGGAAAAGAGAAGAGAUGACACGGGAAAGGAUGCCAAAGAGGAGGUGCAAGAAGAAGUCGAGAUUCCACAAACACCAACAGAAAAGGGGUCCUCAUCUUCUUCCUCUUCUUUGAGCAAGGAAGAUGGUGAAUUGUCUCUCUGGAGCUCGCUCGAUCUUCCUCCUAUCUGCUUCAAUAAUAUUUAG